AUGAGUGCCUUGCUUGCGUUGUCGGCAUCACAUCUCGCAUGGCAGACGAAGAACACAGACACGGAGAAUCUAGCGUACCACCAUCGGGGGGUAGCCAUCAAAGGUCUCCACGAAGCAAUCGGGGCAUUUUCGAGAGAAAAUUCCGAAGCCAUUCUUGCUGCCUCGAUUCUUCUCUCGUGGCAAGCAACGGACUGGCGCGGCUGGGCAUCACUACAACAGGGAGUAUCGACUGUCUUGGGCGCGAUGAGGGCGUGGAUACACGAAUCGGAUCUGGUAAGAUACCUGGAGAACCAGAGAACCAUGGUGAGGGCAAGAACGCCUGCCACUCCCACGAUGCCGCACACUCAAACUUCUAUCCCCCAUGAAGACCUUCGCAGAAUAGAACAAAUCACCACGGCUCUCCAUAAUUUGAGACUGCGGCUUUCGACAAACGAAGAGCUUCAAGAACAUGCGGGUCGACUGGUUGAUUACCUCCAGGACUUGCAACGGGACUUGUCAACCCAGGCGCCGGACAAAGCAUUCAGCCGGUUACAGCCGCUACGGGACAUGAUCUUCUGGCUGCCACCGCAGGUGCUGCGCGGUACCGACACUGAUCUAGCCGCAUUAGCUCUGCUCUCGCAUCUUUACGCAAGCGCACUUGCUGUUGAGCCACUGUUUCCGGACAUUGGUGGCGGCUAUCUUGGAAGCAUGUCCCUCUUUCCACUGGAGAAACUUCAUGACAUAUUGAGGGCAAGACGGGCGACGCAGCCUCAGGAUGCAAACGUCCAAACGGCCUUGUCUCUUAUGGACGUGCCAGUACAAAUAAUGACGUCGUACAAAAUGAGGCAGAGACACAACAGCCAAGGGAGUCAGAGCGUCGAGGGCUAUCACUAUUCUCCUCAAGGGAGCCCCUAUGCCGGGCCUCGCAUGCCGAUGGCUACUCCUACCUCAGACAGCUCAGCAGCACCCAUCUACCCCAACUCGCCUUUACACGCGCCAGGCAGUCUAUCGAUACCGGGAUCAGCAUAUUUCCAAGCGGCUCUUGGGCCUGGAGAAGGACGGCGAGAAUCGUCGAUAUCAUCGGCUUCAUCGCUAGGGCGCGCUCACUCGAUGAGUGACCGGAGUCUCGCCUCCAGCAGCCCACACACAAUGGGGAUGGUGUAUGGGUCUCCAGCCACGCAACACCCUCGAAGCAGCCACGAGCUACCAGGGUCAAGAAUGGACUACUUUGGGCAAACUCAAGCACCGUACAAUCCCUACGGCAGCAUGAACAUGAAUACUCGGUUCGUCGCUCCUUCACAGCUCUGGACUUGA